UUUUCAAUACUCAUCUGGAUUGAAGCAGCAAACAUUCAGUUAGUGGAUGCCAGUAAGAAGAUCUUUAUAUUGAUUGUAAAAGAGGAUAAUGUUGCAGUGGAGUGUUUGGUCCCAGUGCUCGUGUGUGUCUCAGAGGCAGCAGCGCUACCGUGUAGCUCUCUCCCCAGCCACCAGGGGACAGCAGUGCACUCCUGUUGAAACAGAGAGCAGGACAUGCCGUCUCAGUCAGUGUGAUGGGCAUGCUGCAGCAGAACGGGAGCUGUGUUCCUUCAGAGGAGUGUGGCUGCGUCCACCUGCAGCACCACGCUUCAGGACAACCACCCACACCUGUCACUGUCCCUCAGGGCGCCUCAGUCACCAUAGGCUGCAGUACCUGCCUUUGCCAUGGUGGAACUUUUCAGUGUGACAUUAGAGAGUGUGAAGUCAUCAUCAGCGAGUGGUCGGAGUGGACUCCCUGUUCUCCCUGUGUGCCCUUUUCCUUCCUCCAGAACGGCACCUCCCAAGCAGGAGUUAUCAGUGGCAAUAACAUGGUCUCAAUCCAGAGGCGUUUCUAGAGAGGAGGAGGAGAGCCAAUGUCCAGAACCACUGGUAGAGGAGAGGCUCUGUUCACAGAGGAACCAAAUCUGUGUCAGUGGAGUGUGUGGAGUGCUUGGACAGCUUGUGCAGAGCCUUGCAGCGGUGGCGUCAGGCAGCGCUACAGACAGCCCCUGGCCUCUCUUCCAGGACCCCACUGUAAAAGCCAACAGACACAGACCCAAAGCUGCAACACAGGACUCUGCCCAGUGUGUGUGAGAACGGCACUCUGGUGUGCACCAAGCUUCAGUGUCCGGUGUAUGAGCCAUGGAACCCAUGGAGCUCCUGCUCAGCAUCCUGUGGCCGUGGCCAGAUGACAAGGACACGCCUUUGCCAGGAUACAGAGGGCGGUCCUUCCUGUGAUGACACCAUGCAGAAAAAGAACUGUGAUCUGCCAUCAUGUCCAGCUUCCUGCCAGAGGGGAGGGGUUCAAACUGUUUGUUUCCGGGGUGACGGGGAUCGGCUACAAUCUUUCCUGCUGGUGGUGGGAUGUCCUGUGUUGGACCACUGGAACAGAGCCUGGGUGUCCUACUGGGCAGGUGUUUAGUAACUGUUCAGGUUCCUGUCCAUAUACCUGUGAGGACCUUUGGCCACACACUCAGUGUUUACCUGGAGCCUGCACCCCUGGGUGCCACUGCCCUUCUGGACAGGUCUAAACCAAGUGUGUGCCAAAGAGGAGUGUUCAACUGUACCUCCAAGUUCUGUGAUGCGUGUCCUGACGGGGAGCAGUGGAAGAGGAGCGCGUCGGAGGAGGUCCCGCUGUGCGAGAGGAGCUGCCAAGACAUUUAUUCCUCCUCUCCUGUCAACUGCAGCCGCUCCAUCGAGGGCUGCGUGUGUGGGGAGGGGCUUUACCGCAACACUGAGGGGGUGUGUGUCCGCCCUCUGUCCCUGCCAUGACCAGGGCAUCCUGCGGGAGGCCGGAUCAGAGUGGGAUGAAGGCUGUGUGACAUGUCACUGUGUGAACGGGAAGAAACUGUGCCAGUUAAGAUGUUCGCCACUCAACUGUGAUGAGGGCGAGGUCAAGGUGGAGGAGCCAGGCAGCUGCUGUCCAGUCUGUAGAAAGCAGUUUCCAGACGAGCCCGUGCCAGAGUGUCGUCGCCAUGUGCAGGUCAAGAACAUCACCAAGGGAAACUGUCGGCUUGACAACGUGGAGGUCAGCUUCUGCCGGGGACGCUGUCUGUCCAGGACAGAUGUCAUCCUGGAGGAGCCCUACCUCCAGUCAGUUUGCAAGUGCUGUAGUUACCGUUUGGACCCUGACAACCCAGUCCGUUUCCUCAGCCUUCAGUGUGAGAGUGGAGAGAGCGAGCCGAUCGUCCUGCCCGUCAUACACAGCUGUGAAUGCGCCAGCUGCCAAGAGGAAGCAGUGAAGUUAUGAUUCCAUCAGUCUCCUCCUCACAGGACUUCUUGUCCAGACGUGUGUGUGUGUGUGUGUGUGUGUGUGCGUGUGUGCGUGCGUGCGUGCAUGCGUGCGUGCGUGCGUGCGUGUGCAUCAGGGCGAGUAUGAACACCAAGCCGAGUGGGAGCGCCACACUGAAAGCCAGCUGGGUGAUGGUUCGUGAAUUUUGGGAAGGACAGAUCGUUGGAUGGAUUGUUGUAAAAAUGUUGAUGUACACAUUGUUCUGUAGUCCUUAGACAUCAUAUGACUGGAUGCUACUGCUGAUCAUAGAGUUUCUGUUCUGAAAUGUUAACCUUUAUUCUUCAACCUGUACAGCUUUUUUUCUACUGUAAUAUUAAAGGACCUAUGAUCCUAAGACCUAUUAUGCAUUGAAAUGUGUUGUUUGUAUGUUUAAAGAAAAUGAAAACAACUAUAUGUGCCAUCAGUUUUCUUUAAGUUGGAGUUUACUCUCACUGU